AUGAAAAGAAUUUUACGGCUUGCAAUCAUUUACACAUUAUUUUCAACAUCUCUUUCACAAGAUGAUUCAUGCUUUUCAUUAUCAGGUUCAACGACUUGUCCAGCCUUUCAAGAAUAUUACAUCAGUCUAACAGGACUCGCUGCCAAAUACCCUUUUCUUCAACAAGUGACAGAUAUCAAAACGUUUGAUGCCGGCAUGCAAUCUUUUGUUAUUUCACCUCAACUUUAUCUGGCACCCUUAGGCUGUGCUAACAAGGCCUCUAUUGCUAGCACGAUACCCUACGCACGUUAUUCAUUGACUUACAUGUGUGCAACUCUGAUACAAGAUUCAAGUUAUUCACUUCCAUGCAAUUACAACAAGAGUCUAUCACCUCCGCCUCUCUGCCAAAGAACUUGUUUUGAUUAUACAGCAAGCGUAGAAGACCUUACUAAUAACACAGACACAUGUCCUAAUAUACUACAACAAAGGGAAAGUAUGAUAAAUCUCAACUCUUCUUGUGUCUAUUGGUCUGGUCUAAAUGGUACUUAUAAUUGUAUACUUGGAGAAGCAAAUGAACCAAAUAACUGUGGAUUUCAAGGGGCAUCGGAUGCUUGUAAUUACUGCAAAACAAAUGGAACAGAUGCAUGCUGUAAAUCAGUAAAAUGCUCAAGUCUAUCACCAGGAGAAAUUGCUGGCAUUGUCAUAGGUUGUCUGCUGUUUAUUGCCAUUAUUGGAGCACUCGCUUAUUUCUAUUUUUACAAAAAGAAGAGAGGACAACAAGUGAAGCAUCAUCGUCAAUCGAAAAAACCAUAUCAUGAUAAUUCAAGUGUCCUCGGUUAUGAAUCAUUAGCCUCACAGCGUAUACUCGUUCCAAAUAGUCACCAUCAUCCGAAUGGUUAUCAACAGCAUCCAUUCAUUCCUAAUAAUAAUGGCAAUAAACCACCACCAUUGUCCAUUCAACCGCCACCACCACUUGAGGAAUUCUAUGAAGUCAAGCACCCUUAUCCACCGCAGAUGGGUGAUGAACUGGGAUUACAUGUAGGCGAUAUCGUAUGUGUUGCCAUGAACUUUGAUGAUGGCUGGGCACUUGGAUUUAAUGUGACAACAGGUCUGAAGGGCGUAUUCCCGCUUGUCUGUGUUUCACCUGCACCAGAAGAAUUGCUGGAAGAAUUAUUAUUGCAACAGCAACAACAAGAAGAAUCAAGUACAAAGAUACUCGUAGAAGAAAAUAAUAGUAGUAUCGGAAGGACAGUGAGUAGAUCCAACAGGACACUACCUAAAUCCGAAUUGACACAGCACAAGAACAUACCAAAAAGAACUGCAAGUAUUAUGAGAUCCUAUGAUUAUCGAGAAAGUGAUUCACCCACAUCACCUACAUUGAAUACACCCUUUUUUGACUCACAUAACAUAUCUCAACCUGAACCCAGUUUUCAUAACGUUAAUGAUAAUAGUAGUAAUAAUAAUAGUAAUAAUCAUCAUAGUCAUCAAGAAGUCAUUGAAUUGCAUCGAAAAUAA